AAUCCCUCCGCUCCAGAACAACUCUUGCGCUGUAAGGGAUCCGGGAAACUUGACGAGAAACGCAGCGUGCCCCCAAAAAGUCAUUGAAAAAAGAAAAGUCAUGGCGGAGGAAAUCCUUUUGCACGAAGGGACCUCUUUCCUGGAUCCCUUUCAAGGGCGUCUGUUGGAGUUUUUAAUGCCGCAGCCAUGUUACGACGCCUUUUUCCUGCGAUUCAACUUCGCGGGCGGGCCGUGUCUGAAGACUCUGCUCAGCAAAGGCCCGGGGACCGUCGUUCUACUGGGAUCAAUGUUGGUGAAGUUGCCUCAGAUCGUCAAGCCGAUGGCCGCGAGGAGCGCCGAGGGCGUGAGCUUCCCGUCGCUGCUGGGCGAGCUGCUCGCCAUCACGGGCUCGCUGGCGUACGCCGUCGCCAACGGGUUCCCCUGCAGCGCUUGGGGCGAGGCGCUCUUCGCCGUCGGCUUCCUCGUUCAGCGCUUCCGAGGGAGGAGCGGCGCGGGCGCGCUGUUUCUGCUGGUCUACUCGGGCGUCCUGCUCGUCCCGCUGUCUCCGCUGGUCCCCUCGUCAGCGCUCGCCGCCUUGCAGGCCUCCAACAUGCCCGCCGUCACCGUCAGCAGGGUCGGGCAAACGCGGGCCACCAACCUUCGCAACGCACACACGGGCCAGUUGUCGGCUCUGACCGUCGCCAUAUUGUUCGCCGGGUCGCUCGCGCGCAUCUUCACCUCAGUGCAGGAAACGGGCGACACGCUGCUGGUGGUCACCUACGUGGUGUCGGUGGCUUGCAACGGCCUCAUCGUGGCGCAGGUGCUCUACUACCGGAAGCCCACCAAAAGCUUCCUACGACACGAGCGCCGGCGAACGCAGCAGCAGAUGCGCUCGUCCUAGUUGCGAAUCGGAAACGCCUGGCGAAAAAAAGGACAGCAGGUACCCACGGGGAUACACUGUAGUGGUCUACCGACACCUCUG